AGGAAAGAAAAGAAACAGAUGUGAGCUCUUCUUCUUCUCUCUCUCUCUCUCUCUCUUUAAUUAUCAUCAGUUACUACGUAGUAUAAACUCGUCGUCUAUGGGCAGAGACGGUGGCGUUUCUUGUUUAAUGAGAGCAGAGAUGAAUAUGAUGAGCGUUGGAGGAAUGGAAUCUGCACCAGCACCGUCGGAUUUAGACGAAGUUCAUGUCUUAGCCGUUGAUGACAGUCUCGUCGAUCGUAUUGUCAUCGAGAGAUUGCUUCGUAUCAACUCUUGCAAAGUAACGGCGGUAGAUAGUGGAUGGCGUGCUUUGGAAUUUCUAGGGUUAGAUAAUGACAAAGCUUCUGCUCAACUCGAUAGAUUGAAGGUUGAUUUGAUCAUAACUGAUUACUGUAUGCCUGGUAUGACUGGUUACGAGCUUCUCAAGAAGAUCAAGGAAUCGUCUAAUUUUAGAGAAGUUCCGGUUGUAAUCAUGUCGUCCGAGAACGUAUUGACAAGGAUCGAUCGAUGCCUUGAGGAAGGUGCUCAAGAUUUCUUACUGAAACCGGUGAAGCUCGCCGACGUCAAACGCCUCAGAAGUCACUUAGCUACUAAAGACGACGUCAAACUCUCCAACGGUAACAAACGGAAGCUUCCUCAAGAUUCUGAUCCCGUUACUAUUACUCCGCCGUUGACUAUUUCGACUGAAUCGUCUCCGCCGUUGACUAUCUCGCAUGACUCGUCGGAUUCUUCUUCUUCUUCUUCUCCGGUGGAGAUGUUUUCGUCCUCGCCAAUAGAUGACGAUGAAGAUGACGAUGUGUUGACGUCGUCGCCGGAGGAAUCGCCGAUACGAAGGCAGAAGAUGAGGAGUCCCGGAUUAGAUUAGAGUGUGGGGCAAAAAACUCUUUUUUUUUUUUUUUUUUUCUGGGACGCCGUGUAAUAUCUAUCUCCGUUAACUUGUUUUACCUUUGACGGUGUUUUUAAUUGCACGUUGACUUAACGCCGUCAAAUUUAUAGAUGUCCUUUUUUUUUUAACAAAAUCUCGCUCCACGUGGGCCUUUUCCUUUUC